UGUGCGGAGCGGAGAGGAGCGUGCGCGGAGGAGGACCCGAGUGCUCUCGUUGACUCUUGGUGGCGGCCAGUUUCAGACUCGGCGCUGGACCGUGAGCCACGCGAUCGAUCGAUCCUCUCCCUCUCGCGAGCAGGUCGCGCGGGCCGCGAGAUGUGAAGAUCGACGUUCCCGAUCCCGAUCGUUGUCGUUAUCGUUGCCGUCACAGCGUGGACCAGCCGCCGUCACCGCUCUGUUCAAUUAGAAUGACACCGCGCGCUUCGGCUCGAUCCGAAGUGUGCGUGGCCGAUCGAGAGGUGACCGUGCACGGUGGGCGCAGCCUGUGAGAGAUCGAGAUCGAGAUCGAGAGCGAGAGCGCGCGACAUCCGGAACGGGACCGCUCGCGGAGAUCGAAUGGGCGCGGUUGGAUGGGAGCGUAAUACGGGAAUGAACCGCUGAAUUUUGCUUCGCACAAAUUACGAGGAAAGAAGAGAUCCGAGAAGAGACGCCGCAAGGUGAUCGGAAAGCGCGAGGCCGCACUUGCAUGCAUUGAAGUCUCCGUUCGGCCCGUCGCGCGUAUCGAUACGCACGCAUUAUUCAGCCUUACUCAAUCGAAUCUAUCACAGUUCCGUCGUCCAUCAUGAUUUACCAAUCGAACCACCAAGCGCCGACAAUGUCGUCCACUAAGAAAACCUCGCCCAGGCCACAACAUCGUAACCUGCAGGCGUCCUCGAUGAAGUGUGCGAAGGCGAGGCGGCCGAACGAUCGGCCGGUCAACGACGAGCGAUGUCGGGGUAGGUGCCGAGUGCAGUGGAGCGAGAAACACGUGAAAGAGGGCCUAGUCCUCGUCCAGGAGACGCAGCUCGCUCGGGUGGUGAAGACUGGACCCAUCACGGAGCACUACGAAAUCGAUCCGAAACCGUUCGCGAGCGGUCAGUGGGCGAGAGUGUACCGCUGCAGGUCCCGAUCGACCGGUAUACUUUAUGCGGCCAAGUACUCGUCCAGAAACCGAUUCAACGCCGACUGCAGCGCGGAAUUGAGACACGAAAUCGCCCUGUUAUCUCUGUGCUCGCAAUCGCCGCGUGUCGUUAGGCUGCACGAUGUGUACGAAACGCCGAACGAGAUCAUCAUGGUCAUGGAAUACGCGCCCGGAGGCGAUCUACAGACGCUCAUCGACGGCGAUUUGGUGCCCCUCGAAGGUGACGUCGUACACUUUGUGCGGCAACUAGUGGAAGGACUCGCCUACCUCCACGAGAGAAAUAUCGCCCAUUUGGACAUCAAGCCGCAGAAUCUCGUGAUGAUGGGCUCCUUCCCGGACUGCGACGUUAAGCUGUGCGACUUCGAGAUCUCGAGAGUGAUCCUCGAGGGCACCGAAGUGCGGGAGAUCCUCGGCACGCCGGAUUACGUCGCGCCCGAGAUACUGCAUUAUGAGCCGAUCACGCUGGCAGCUGACAUGUGGUCGCUCGGGGUCACGACCUACGUGCUGCUGACGGGCUUUUCGCCGUUCGGUGGAGAGACCGAUCAGGAAACCUUCCAAAACAUAUCCCUCGGCGAAGUGGACUUCCCCGAAGAGCUGUUCGAGGACGUUUCGGCGCAGGCGAAGGACUUCGUCGCGAAGCUCUUAGUGCUGGACCCGAGUGCACGAAUGACCGCGAAGCAAUGCCUGCGCCACGAUUGGCUGCGCGGCGCCCCGACGCAGGCGUCGCCGCACCUACGGAGAUACUUGUCCAAGUCGAGAGAAGUCCUGUUGGAGCGCGUCGUCAGUCGGGAGAACCUGAGGAGAGCCGCGCUGAUAAGCCAGACGACCAGCCAAGCGAAUCUCUGUCAAGCGGACGUCCACGGCGAUCAGAAUCGUCAUCAGCAGCAUCUACAGAAUUGCCUGCAGGACUGCCUGCUGAGCCAAAGCGAAAUGUGCUUGAGCAAUCGCUUGACGGGCAGCCACGCGAGUCUGGCGGGCAGCGAGGGUUUCCCGAGUCCGGCGGACUCUCAAGCCAGCCUCAACUCUUCCAGGACAAGCCUGAGCUGCACGAGCCAGAGCUGCUUGCUGAACCAGGAACAGACGCAGGGACUGCUGAGUAAGGCUCAGAGCCGAUCCCAGGCGAACCUGAAUCAGGGCCUGAGCCGUGGCAUACUCUCGCGAAUACGUAGUCUGAAUCGUGUCCAGUCACAGGCGUGUCUGUUAAACGGAUCCUCGGCGGUGGUGGGCCGGGCUGGCGCCGCUACUACGUUGAACCCUGUCAUCAGCAAGUCUCGCGAGAAACUGUAUGGCCUGCGGUCCCUGUCCAAGUCCCAAGGCGUCCUAGAUAUCUACAGGAGUCUGGAAUGCUUGAAAAGACGAAGGAAGAGCUACCAGCGCGCAACAACUGAGGACCUGCUGCCGAUCUUCAAACAACUCGACGCCGAGAUCACGUCCUCCAGACUUGCGAUCUCGAUCAAUGACGAUCACACAAUCGCUGACGCAAAGUCAGAAAUCGGUGCGGCGUCCGAGAAAACUGAGCACGAAGUCGAUCGGAACGUGCCAACGAUUUCAUCAGACAACACAAAGACAUCGGGUAAUCUUAACGGUAAUUGCGAUGACUCGCGCGUUGCAUCGAAUGGCUCGAAACGCGAAACGAAGAACGUGGAGCCACUGCAGAUUCCAAAAAAGCACACCUCGGGAUCCGAAGAGAAUCUAGAUUCUCUCAAGUCCGUCGAAUCGGACACCUUGACGGAGGAUUCCGACGAGAUGGUGGUGAGCAAUGCCCGACAGCCCGGUGACGCGGACAAACGACCUUGUGAACGCCAACAUUCUGACGUUUCCAGCCGUUCUAACAAUUCGGCAGCGUCCGAUGAUAAAGAGGAUCGUUCGACGGAGUCAGAGAACGAGGAGCCCAAAUACACUGUAGCGCAGCUGGUCUCCGCAUUCAACAAACAUCAAGAGGUAGCCUCGAAGACGAGCCUGGAGGCCAUCAUGUCCGCGAGGAGGAUCAACGAAAUAGUGUUCCCGACUGGCACAAAGGCGCUGCGUCUCUUUAUUCCGGACAUCAACAUCACAGAAAGCAAGAUCAUCAGGCGAAAAACGAGUUACAAGCCACGGAAGAAUUGGGAGGAGCUGCGAAAGCGCAAUGAGAAGAACGAAGGCGUGUUGAAGAACCUCGACAACGAUUCCGGCAACGAAGAUGAUGAUGAUGACGAGGAUGAGACUCGGAGCAAAGUGAGAGAUAAUCCCUCGCGGUACGAACAGGAUUCUAUCAGGAACGCUGAAGAUAACGCUAAUGAUGUUUCACAGGAGUCGAUCUGCCAGGAAAAAGACACGAGUUUAUCCCUGGAUCGGUGGCCGCUCUUGCAACCUGGAGAGAGCAAUGGACAGUCCAUUUUCGUGGACAACGCGAAUACGUCAGACAACCUCGAUACCAGAAUAGACGAGAAGUAUAAACAGUGCGUGAAAGGUGCAAUGUCCGGCAAAACAGAAAUGCCCGAAGCCAAGAACCAAAAGUAUUCAAAGCUGUUCGAGACGCAGUCGAAGAUUACCGCCCCUGUUCGCCAAAAGGAGAGAUUACCCAAUUACAUUUAUCCGGACAUAACUUCCGCAGCCAGAGACGAUAAUCACGAAGCGGCUAAGAAGACGUCCGUUGCCACGACCAACGGAAGAAGCGAGUCUAGGACGCCUAAGCUCGAGCGAACCAAGUCAAGUUUCGUCGCUGACGCGACCGCGAACGUGAAUCUCAAAGACAUUCUGCAGCGAAUUGAUGGUUCGCAGAGCACUCCCAAAGAGAAUCUGGAGAACUUGAGGAAGAGGACAUCAAUCGCGAAGAUCAUCCUGAACGACAAUCUUGUCCACGACAGUCAAGACGGCUCCGGCGGCUGCAGAGCGAAUUCCCACGCGAAGGGCGAGUCGCCCUUAACCGACAGUCAGUCGGAGGAGCGAGCAAAACUGGUGAUACCACCGUCCUUCGUCCGAUCUUCCUCUUUAUCCAGCGAUAGCAGCUGUCCCACGCCGUCUAGCGUGCAGUCCGACAUAAACGUGUCAUGGGAGGACGUCCAGACUGUCGCACGCUCCAGCAUGCCUCUAGAAAAGGAAGACGUUGGCAAGACUACGAAGAAGAGUGACCUACAGCACACGUCCAGCGAGGGAAGAAACAGGCAGUGCACGGAGGACCGCAAGAUCUGGGGACGAAUCUGUACCGGCUCCUAUACCAGAGCCAUGGAGAAGUUUAGCGGUAAAAAUAUGGACACCAACAAAAAAUCACAGAGUUCAACCAUCGCGCAACAAACGGAGAAGAGUAGAAGAAAGAGCAGUCCUGCCAUGCCGCAAUACGUAAAUCUCAAUUAAGAAUCGGUCAUCGUUCGAGACGUAUACGCUAUACUUUCCCAGAUAGCCAAGUCUGCCGAAAGCAGAUGAUGCUAACUAUCUGCUAUCAACUAUUGCCAGCCAAAAGACAA